AGCGACUGGGGCUACCGAGCAGGGUCAGCCGUGGAGGGCGCCGGGGCUUUCGCCACCUGGAGCUGGCUCGACUCUGGCGCCCAGGCAGUCGGCUUUCGUGUGAAGAAUCUUCGCUGCUGAAGACCGCUUCAGCCCUUCCGGUGUGACAUCAAGUCGGAUUCUUAGGAGUGCAAUUCCGGGUCAUAUUUGUAUUUAACCGGGUUGCUCUGCUGUGCUCCAUCACCUUCUCCUAAAGAUGCAUCCUGACUUAUCUCCACACUUGCACACCGAAGAAUGCAACGUCUUGAUUAACUUACUUAAGGAAUGUCACAAAAAUCACAGCAUUCUGAAAUUUUUUGGUCAUUGCAAUCAUCUUGAUCGGGAGAUGAGAAAAUGCUUGAAGAAUGAGUACAUGGAAAAGAGGACCAAGAGCAGGGAGUAUGGCAACACGAUGCGCAAGAGACUUUUUAAUCCUCCAGAGGACUCUGAAAAGUGAAUUACGUUUUCCCUGGAUGCACUGGCUAAGAGAAGACCUAAAGAUUCUUGGAAGAGAACCUACAGAACCCUAUUCCGUUUGGCCUCUAGAGUCCUGUGAGUGGCAAGUGAGCCAGGAGAAAUGGCGCUGUGGAGAAAUACAAAACCCCUGGAUUCUGAAUGUUUGUUGGGCAGAGCCUUCAAAUACUCUGACUCCUUUACCAACACACCUGACUCCUAACAGAUUUCUUCCCUUUGCCUGCAGCCAGUUAACCUUCGCGUAACAUAUCUCCCUCAAUAAAAUAAUUGACUUUAAUCAUA